AUGCUGCGCGUUUCAAUUAAAAAAUCUCCAGUCACUUGCAUUCCAACACGUCUCACAACAUUAUCAGCAUUAUCUAAAAGUUCUCGAACGCCAGUACUAUUGCGAUAUUAUUCUAGUCAUAAAGAACUCAAAUUUGGUAUCGAAGGACGAGCCUCUCUGGUACAAGGUGUUGAACUUCUUUCAAAGGCAGUCGCGGUUACACUUGGUCCUAAGGGACGUAACGUGUUGAUUGAACAAGCUUAUGGUAGUCCGAAAAUAACAAAGGACGGUGUCACAGUUGCUAAAAGUAUAACACUUAAAGACAAAUUUGAAAAUCUUGGUGCCAGACUGGUUCAAGACGUUGCAAAUAAGACAAAUGAAGUUGCCGGUGAUGGUACGACUACUGCUACGGUUCUUACUCGUGCUAUUUUUGUUGAGGGUGUGAAAAAUGUUGCUGCUGGUUGUAAUCCGAUGGAUCUUCGUCGUGGUGUUCAAUUAGCUGUGGAUGCAAUUGUCCAAUUUUUAAGGAAUAAUAGUCGUGUCGUUGCAACGAUAUCUGCAAACGGUGAUACUCAUGUUGGUAAACUUAUUGCCAAUGCUAUGGAAAAAGUUGGAAAAGAAGGUGUGAUCACUGUAAAAGAAGGAAAAACUAUUGAAGAUGAAUUAGAAAUAACUGAGGGCAUGCGUUUUGAUCGUGGAUACAUUUCUCCUUAUUUUAUAACUGAUACUAAAACUCAAAAAGUUGAACUUGAAAAACCUCUUAUUCUUCUCUCUGAAAAAAAAAUUUCUUUAUUACAAGAUAUUCUUCCAAGUUUGGAAGCUGCUGCUCAACAACGUAGGCCACUUCUUAUUAUUUCUGAAGAUAUUGAUGGUGAAGCUUUGGCUGCCUGUAUAUUAAAUAAACUUCGCGGAAACCUUCAGGUAGCCGCUGUUAAAGCUCCUGGAUUUGGUGAUAAUCGUAAAUCUAUUUUGGGAGAUCUAGCAAUUUUGACCGGUGGUACUGUUUUUUCUGAUGACUUGGAUAUAAAACUGGAACGUGCUUUACCAGAACAUUAUGGUUCUACAGGAUCUGUUACUGUUACAAAGGAAGAUACCAUUCUUCUAAAUGGAGAAGGUUCUAAAGAGAGUAUUGAUCAGCGUUGUGAUCAAAUUCGCGCUGUUAUUAAUGACCCAAGUGUCUCUGAUUAUGAAAAAGAGAAGUUGCAAGAAAGACUUGCAAAAUUAUCUGGAGGUGUCGCUGUUAUUCGUGUAGGUGGUUCUUCGGAAGUUGAAGUUAAUGAAAAAAAAGAUCGGUUUGUUGAUGCUUUGAAUGCUACACGUGCAGCUGUCGAAGAAGGGAUUGUACCUGGUGGUGGUGUAGCCUUUUUGAAAUCUAUCAAAUGUUUGGAUUCCUUAAAACCUUCAAAUUUUGAUCAACAAUUAGGUGUAAAUAUCAUAAAAACUGCCCUUCAAAAACCCGCAAAAACAAUUGUUGACAAUGCUGGUGAAGAAGGUUCUGUAGUUGUAGGUAAACUAAUGGAUGAUCAUGGAGGUGAUUUUAACUAUGGUUAUGAUUCUGCCACUAGUCAAUAUGGUGAUAUGAUUGCACGUGGUAUCGUGGAUCCUUUGAAAGUCGUGAGAACCGCUCUUGUUGAUGCCUCUGGGGUUGCAAGUUUGCUAACAACAACGGAAUGCAUGAUUACUGAUGCACCUGAUGAAAAUAAAGGUGCUGGUAUGGGUGCUGAUAACGCGGGAAAAACUACUAUUUUGAAGCGUUUAAAUGGUGAAAACAUUGAUACUAUUUCUCCAACUCUAGGCUUUAAUAUUAAAACUUUAGAACAUAAUGGUUUUAAAUUACACGUUUUUGAUGUCGGCGGUCAAAAGUCUAUAAGAUCUUAUUGGCGUAAUUAUUUUGAACAAACUGACGGCGUAAUAUGGGUUGUAGAUAGUGCUGAUUGGAUGCGUUUAGAUGAUUGCAAGAAGGAAUUGCAAGCGUUAUUACUAGAGGAGCGCUUGGCUGGUGCUUCAUUAUUAGUCUUUGCUAAUAAGCAAGACCUUCCUGGUGCAUUGACUGACCUACAGAUUCGCCAGGGACUUGACCUCGAUUCAAUUGUAACCCAUCAUUGGGCAAUUCAAAGUUGUAGUGCUGUUACUGGUGAAAAUUUACUUCGCGGGAUGGAUUGGAUUGUCGGUGAUAUAGCUUCUCGCAUAUACUUACUUGAUUGA